CAGCAGUCACACGGACCCGUGGCUGCUCGCUCAGUCAGUGCUGUGCCCAGAUUUCACUCAAAAAGCAGCAAAGUCAUGGCGUCCCAAGAUGAUUCCCCGAGUCAGGAGAGUGAAACGGAGCCUCUGAAAUUAGUAGAGACGCCAGUCGAAGCCGUUGCAGAGGUGGUGACGUCAGUCAGAUCAGCAUGGCAGGACCUUCGAUCCAUACCCAUUGGAUAUCGUGCCAGCCAACUUAGAUCCCUGAGAAAAAUGAUCAAAGACAACAUAACUAGGUUUGAAGAGGCAGUCUGGAAAGACCUUAGGAAGUCACGUCAAGAAUUCACAAUGGGAGAAAUAAACCUAAUCCUAACUGACAUCUCAUACGCCCUCACAAACCUCCAGAAAUGGUCGUCACCACGCAAUGCACAGAAGGACUUGGUCCAUCAAUUUGACAAGAUGUACCUCAUGCCAGAGCCCUAUGGAACAGUGCUGAUCAUAGCUCCAUGGAACUACCCCAUUGGUCUACUGCUUGAACCACUUAUUGGAGCUAUUGCUGCUGGUAACGCCUGCGUGCUAAAGCCAUCUGAACUGUCGGUGGCAACUUCUAACCUCAUGAGCGAGCUUGUCCCUCAAUAUCUUGACAAAGUCAGUUCUCUUACUCUAUAUACAAGCCAAGGACAAAGUACACCCACAGCCUAGUCCAUGUAUAUGAUUAGUUAUGAAUUGUGUAUAGCGAAGUAUGUUGUCAUAAAUCACGUAAAUUUUCUUGAUAUUAGAGUCAGCUGUCUCGCUUUCCUACCA